AUGAAGGUAUCGAAUAUAUUAAUAAUAAUACUUUGCAUCUUACCCUAUCUUAACUGUAAAUUAAAUAUUGGGACUCUGGAAAUGAAUGAUACAACUAGUUUUUGGGAUAAUUCAUUGAUAUUAAAGAUAUAUUAUAACACUCGAAAUCAAAUAAUAACAUUAUCUGAUAAGAUAACUAGAAAAAUAAACUCAAAUGAGAUAAAACAAGAUUAUUUUGAAGUUAAAGUAGUAAAUAGUAAGGGUGAUGAAAUAAUGAUGAAUAUUUCACAAAAAGUAUAUAGUAUUUUAUUUCCUGAAUUUAUUCCUCGCAAGAACCCAAAUACAUUUUUGAACCCAAAAGAGGAUAUACUUUUUAACUCUUCUAAUUUCACAAUGGGAAUAUUUAAUAAAGAUUUUUCAAAGAAGUGUAUGCUAAGAAAUAAAACAAACAGAAUAAUUCAUUCUAAUAAUAAUUCAUCUAAUCUUGACAUGGGACAAAUUAUUUUAAUAAAUAGUGUAAUAACAAAUGAUUUAAAUAACUAA